CAACUGUCAAUGUCAUUCAUUAAUCCAUCUACGCUUCUUUCCUCUACCUAACAGUCCACCGAACCGACAUUGGGUCUGCAGUACCCCGAUUGCACAUUUGAGUGCCCACCAUGAACGGCUACGGCGACCAUGGGCACGAGGAGGACCCGUUUGGGCCAGCAAAGGGUGGAAUCGUAUCAAGUUUCGAUGCAUUCCCGAAAACCAAAAAGACAUACCUCGUCCAAGGUCGCAACUCCUCCGCAUGGACAGUAACGCUUAUAUUGACAUGCAUCUACCUCUCCUGGUCCGAGAUAUCGCGCUGGUUCGCUGGCACAACCUCGCAGUCAUUCGCCGUCGAGAAGGGCGUAUCCCACGACAUGCAACUGAACCUCGACGUGAUCGUAGCCAUGCGCUGCGCUGAUCUUCACGUCAACAUGCAAGACGCUGCUGGUGACCGCACCCUCGCCGGCGAACUCCUGCGCAAGGACCCAACAUCAUGGUCGCAAUGGACUGGCAAAAACAUUGAGAGUGGAACGCACGAAUUGGGCAAAGAAAGCGGCAAGCAGGCACCUGGAUGGGAAGAGCUUUGGGAUGUCCACGAGCAGUUGGGCAAGGCGCGGAAGAGGAAGUUCAGCAAGACACCCCGGGUGCGCGGUCAGACUGACAGUUGCCGUAUCUACGGAAGUCUGAUCGGAAACAAGGUCCAAGGUGACUUCCACAUCACGGCGAGAGGCCAUGGAUACAUGGAGUUUGGAGAACAUCUGGACCAUUCCUCAUUCAACUUCUCUCAUAUCAUCCGCGAAAUGUCUUUUGGCCCGUACUAUCCCUCUCUCGUCAACCCCCUCGACUCCACUAUCGCUGUAACACCAACACCGGAUGAUAAGUUCUACAAGUUUCAGUACUACAUCUCUAUCGUGCCCACCAUCUACACCGACGACGCUUCGAUGAUUCCUCUCCUCCAAGCAAUCACGUCCACACAGGACCACCCUGCCUCGAACAUCUUCCACACCACGCACGCCAUCAAGACCAACCAAUACGCUGUUACUUCACAGUCUCACAAAGUACCAGAGACCUACGUACCCGGCGUGUUCGUUAAAUUCGAUAUCGAGCCGAUUAUGCUGGCCGUGGUAGAAGAGUCGGGAGGCUUCUGGAGGUUGAUUGUCAGGCUGGUCAACGUAGUGAGUGGCGUUAUGGUAGCUGGAAGCUGGGCGUGGCAGAUGUUUGAUUGGGGAAGUGAAGUUCUGGGUAAGAGGAGGAGAAGAGGCGAUGGCGUUGGUGUGCUGGGGACACCGUCUGUGGAAAAGAAGAGCUGGGAUUAAGGAGAAGAAUCGAUACGAAGGAGAAUGCAUUCAAUGGCGUUCAGGGCAUGGGAACAUGAGUUUCAUUUUCGGGUCUUGUGAGUAUGCAAAUAUACUAGUUAUGAAUAUCUUAAGCUGCACCGUUCAUCGACAGAACAUGGUAUGGGUGAUGGAAGGUAGAUGGUGAGAUGACGAUUGCACAACGCGAGUGCUAUGGCUAGGCAACUCUUGCAAACUACGCCUUGCAUCUCAGGCUUUCCCUUACUUUCCAUUUUGAUUUGUCGCUUGGCGCGUUUGUACCACAACGCGGUACGCGACUAUUUCUCACUUGGAUUUG